AUGGACGACGUAUGGGCGUGUAAGGCCGUUCCUCAGGCUUUUUUGGACAACUUAAAGAAGCUUGGAUAUACAGACCUCCUUCCUAUCCAGCGGAGAGUCCUGGAGAUAUGGUUCAACGGAGCUAUCCCCGAGAAGGCCGACGAAAUCCGACGGAUUAUUUGCAGCUCAAUGGCUAACAAUAUGUUCAUUGCAAGUGCAACUGGAUCUGGAAAGACACUCUCUGCCAUCCUGCCCCUUGCUCUUGAGGCCUUUGCAGGAUUAGACUUUGUAGCACUAUUUGUGGUCCCAACAACCCACCUUCUUACUCAAAUCUAUCAUUUACUUCUCAAUCUCUUUCAUGAUGUGCCAUCUGUGCGAAUAUUCCGAGCAAUGGAUUGUCUCGGCGCAACCCUUUACGAAGACCCCGCCCUUCUUCGACUAGAUCCAGACAUAGUAGCUGCUCUAAAGGAGCACCAUGAGGUACUGGAAAGUACUGAUACUAAUACUUCCAUGUUCAUAGAUGACCAUCUGGUAAAACGAUUUCUAGACUCCAUCACGAAACAACUCGCUACAACGCUUCCCGACUUCAGAAAUAUCAUUGAGUAUGGAGAGGAUAGGACAUCGUACAUCAUCUGCGGUACCCCCGGGAUCGUCUCUGCUCUUCUUACGGCAGUCAAGCCGGCCUCGGGCACAGGCAUCGCCUCCCGUGGAGUAACCUCGUUCCUGAAGCUUCGGCACGUGGUGAUAGACGAGGCAGACCACAUCCUUCUCAACGACAACACGUCCUUCCUGGCGCUCAUAAGGGAGUUCUUCGCUCAACGGAACUCCACGGCCGUCUUCCGCGUGCCUCUCUUCUUCGCCCAGCGACACCGCCUUGGGCUCCCGACGGACAGGUUUGUCUUCCUCUCUGCGACCAUGAAGUACCGGGCAAGUCUGCUCGAGAACAUGGGCCUCCACGGCGGGUGCAUGGUGGACUUCGACGAGGGCCACGCGCGCCUUGCCCUCUCGCCCAACGUCGAACACUUCGUCGUCCAGCUCAAGCGGACCUACUCCGAGAUAGACAUCGCAUACCUGGUCUUCAGGUUCCUCUGCAGCCCCGCCGGGUCCAUCACCAACUCGAGGACCACCCUCCUGCCCUGCAUCGUCUUCGUCAACUCCAGGCACACCGCGCAGCGCAUCGCCCACCUGCUGUUCCUGAUGAUGAUCAAGGUUUACAAGGAGCUCCGGUACAGGAUAACGCUGGUGGCCCAGGGGCACGUCUUCCGGAGGCCGAACUUCGAGUCUGUUCCAGCCAUCUCCAACGAGUCCCUCGAGGAACACCCUGCAACUAUCGUCCUGGCAACUGAUAACUUCGCCCGUGGGCUCGACCUUCCUGCGGUUCGCUCGGUGGUCAACUUCGAGCUUCCAGAGUCGCUGGCCACCCUCACCCACCGCGUGGGAAGGUGCGCGCGCGGCCUGAACAGCGGGGUCGCCAUCUCAGUGCAGCGGAGCGAGGUCGAGUACAAGUUCGACACGCUGGUCAACUUCGAUCCGAGCCGGGUCGUCUCCAUAGACGAGGAGAGCCUCUGCGACUACCGGAGCACAGAGGGGCCGCGGCUGUCCGACUUCUCCAUCGGGGACAGCGACGUGCUGGAGAUCUCACGGAGGUUCAGCGAGAACAUGGACGUCUACCUGACCACCCUCUACGACGAGGAGUUCGGGCGCUAG